AAUCGGAUUGAUGCUCGCGUUGACAGUCUCGCCUCCACAGAGCCAGGUCAGAAUCGAGGAGACCGAAGCUCGUUAGAACCAGGCGAAUUCGCGGAUGAUCUGUCACUCUUUGACUACUCGCGAUCAGGAACUCUAGAACCGGGCGAGGUUGGGAGAGGUCCACGUCUUCCCAAGAAGGUGCCGACAAGCCUCCAGGACAGGAAGAGGGACGUCCUGACUUACUUCAAAUAUGUUGGGCGCGCUGUCCAGUGCCAGAUUGAGCUCAAGAAAGCCGAAGAAGAUAAAGUUCGAUGGAAGCGUACGCAAGCCUCAUCACAGUACCAGCAUGUCGGACGCGCCGGACGCAACAUACUCGAUGCCAAGCGAGUAGAGCUCGACGACAAAAUCCAUCUCCUACAAAAAAAGUACUCGGACUAUGUGAGAGCCCUCAGCGAGCUUCAUCCAUUAGAUGAAUAUGUCUCAGGGUAUGACCCGGACGCACGGUCUCAAUCUGCGGUGGAGUACGUUACAAUGAUCCAGAAAUGGAUUGCUGAGACACAACCUCGACUCGAGGCCAUCAUAGCUCAAGAAGAGGAGGAGCAGAUCAAAAGACGAGAUCGUCCUGUAGGCGAACCCGAAUUUGUUCCCCCUUCUCUUGCGUCUCUUUUCAGCCAAUUGCGAGUCGCGGAUACGAAGCUCGACGACAUGGAAGAGAGGUUUCAUCACCAGGCCUCGAUCGCUUUCGACACCGCAAUCGAAAACAAACUGGAGGCGAAGCGCGAGGAACUCGUGACCUCAAGCGUGGCUGCCCUAGCUGAAGUCCGUGACCAGACGUUCAUUCAACCGCUGAAAAAACUUCAUCAAGACAGCCAACAGCAUGGCGAGGGGAUAGAGAAACUAUCCGACGUGGUGGCGUCGCAGAUACUGGCGACGAAGGGGGUCAACGAAGGACAUGCACAGCUACUAGCUCAAAAUACCCGGCUCAGGGCAGACGUGGAAGAGGUGACAGCCAUAGCCUCGGACAACGAUACGAAGCUUUCGACACUAUUGGCCCAGAUGGAACAAAUGCAACAGCAGCUCGACCAGCUCGACGCGAGCUCGCAAUCUCGAUUGCAGGACAUCGUAUUAGGAGUCCAGCCUCGGCUCCAAGAAUAUAUGGACCAGACCAUCCAUCCAGUUCUUGAGCGCGUUGACCAGAAUUACGUUCGACAGAUCGGGGCCCAUCGUGCGGAUAUCUUCAAAGACGUAUGGCCACACUUCCAAUCGGUGGCUGCCUUGACGGAGCGAGCUUCCGGAUGGUUUGACAAUGAAUUGAGAGAAAAGGAUCUGGCUGCAUCGUCGUGAAAGAUCUGUAUCUCCCAUUUAUGCCGAUUUACAAGCUACAGUGUUGAAUUUGUUGUAUGCUAAUUACAUGAAGAGGAAUAUCAUCUGCUGCGCGCAAGCCUU